GACGUUCUAGCAGUGAGUGAAGAAGGUUAAUCUUGAGCAGUCACGCAAUGGGAUUGGCAUGUUUCUUCUUAAGGAGCAUACAUGCUACUGUUUCCGGUCUGUAGCUGGCAUCUUCCUCUUUCCCUUUCUUCUUUUUUCUUCUUCUUUCUUCUGGCCCUUGGGGCUUUUCUCUCCGAUAUUCGAGGGCUUGAGCAAGAAAUGAGUGUGCAACAGCAGUACCCGCACAAACAUCGACCAUGGUGGCAGAUCCGCUGGUUCGCAGAGGAGGACACCAAGGAGGAACGGCGGCUCAUUGUCAAGCUGGAUCUGUUGAUUGUUCCGUAUGCGUUUUUGGCGUAUUGGACCAAGUAUAUUGACCAGGCGAAUAUCAAUAAUGCAUAUGUCUCUGGUGUCAAAGAGGACCUCCAUCUGGAAGGAAACCAGCUUGUGCGGUUGCAGACCUUGUACACCCUCGGUGCUGUGCUGGGACAGCUCCCCUUCGCGUAUCUGUUCACCAGGGUUCCCAUGUCGUGGACUAUUCCGUUUCUUGACAUCCUCUGGGGGGUGUUCACGUUGUUGCAGUAUCGGGUCACUUCGUUCUCGGAGUUGGCGGCGUAUAGAUUCCUCGUGGGAUGGUUUGAGGCUGCCUUUUUUCCGGGGAUGCAUUACAUUUUUGGAGCAUGGUACCGUGGGGAUGAGAUCGCCCGUCGAGGCGGCUGCUUCUACGUCGGUCUUACUCUAGGAACACUCACGGCCAGCCUGAUCCAGGCUGGUGCAUCCGCGAGUCUAGACGGCGUCAACGGCCUGGCUGGAUGGAGAUGGAUGUACAUCAUCUGCGCCAUCAUCACGAUCCCCGUCGGCAUCCUGGGAUUCUUCGUCCUCCCCGGCACGCCUGACCGACCGAACCGACUGAUCAUGAAAGAGAAAGACAUCAACCUCUCCAAAGCCCGUCUCGAACGCGCCGGACACAAAGUGCACGGCACCUUCACCGGGAAAAGCCUGCUGCGCGUAGCUGUCAACUGGAAAUUCUGGGCAAUGCUCCUCCUCGACAUCUUCUUCUGGAACGGAAGCAUCAACACCACGACGGGCGGAUACCUGCUCUGGCUGAAGAGUCUGGACAGAUACUCCACGAGCCGUUUGAACGAACUCUCCGCCAUCUCCCCGGCCCUGGGCAUCUUCUACACGCUGCUCGUGUGCUUCGCGUCCGAUCUUCUUCUAGGGCCAGCAUGGGCCAUCACACUCUCCCACACCUGGAACAUAAUCGGCCUCAUCAUCCUGACCAUCUGGAAUGUGCCCGAGUCGGCCCUCUGGUUCGCCUUCCUGACCACCUACUCGGCCGUGGCGAUGUCGAGCGUCCUGUACGGCUGGGUGAAUAGUGAACUGCGGUAUUCGCCUGUCGAGCGCGCGCUGACGCUCGUGAUUAUCAAUACGGUGGCGCAGUCUACGACGGCCUGGACGCCACUGCUUGUCUUUAAGACGGUUGAGGCGCCGAGGUUCGUCAAGGGGUAUCCGUUUGUGCUGGGGAAUGCGGUUUGCUUGAUUUUGUUGGCGCAUGGGAUUCGGGUUUGUAUUCGGAGAGAGUAAGUCCAUCCCCAUUCCUUCGAGACAUAUAGCCGUUAUCUCUGACUGUUUCCAGGAAGAAGAAUGGGAAUAUCGCGGGCGAUGAGUACGGGGGUUCUGAUGGUAGAGCGGGGGAUGUGGAAUCGGUGGAUGUUCACCCCAAGUGAUCAUUGAUGAUAGAAAGGGACUGGUAAACUGUUUCAAGGAAUUCCAUUCUAGUUUGAGGUUUAUCUGGUGUACUCCGUACUAUGUUGUAUUCCAUUAGACGGGGCCUUAGGGCCUAGGGUUGUCCUUCACAACACACCACCACCACCACAACAACACCAGUCAGACAUGGAUGGUUCUAUACACCAACCAAGUUCUAACAAACGAACAAUCCACCGGGAAACCUCCGAUGAUAAGCAUUGCGUUUAUCACGCAA